AUGCUCCUUACUCUGGUUCAUGGAAGCAACUUGAGUCAACAGUUCCAGGAGAGGCUACCCUGCCGGCCAGGUUUUUAUUGCCCUUUGGGGAAUUUCACUCCAUUCCCCUGUCCCAAGGGAACCUAUGGGCCAACUGCUGGUGCUAUGUCCAUAGACAGCUGUCUUAAGUGUCCUCCUCACCACUACUGUCCCAGACCAGGUCUGUCUGCGUCCCUGCCCUGUGGCCCUGUGGCUCAGCAGCCUCUGUCUGGUCAGGACUCCUGCAUUUGCCUGGGAGAGGGACAGACUUUCCAGACCAGUGAUGGGCUGUGCCUCUGCACCAUCGGCUACCAACCUACCAUCAACAGAGAUGCGUGUGUUCACAAACUGUACGCUGUUUGCAGAGACGGAAAAACACGUACACAGUAUGGAGACUGUCUGGACAGAUAUCAGUGGUCACUUCACUGCAGGCAACAGGUGUGUCAAUCUGCAGAGGAUUUCCGGGGUUACGAUGGAGAGUUGGGUCUGUGUGUUUGCAGAGAGCCUCCUGGAAGAGCUGCGUGUGGAGGCCUUUGCAGGAAAAGGCCACUUGCUGAGCUGAAGCUCCACUGCUUGUCCAAUAGAGAAAUGGAGCUGGUGUGGAGCGAUGGCAGUCAAGCAAUGGGCGUCUCAGGCAGCAUGCUGGAGAUGGUUUUUAAACAGUUGGACUCCUGGGGGACUCCUCUGUGCAGCAGCCAUAUCAAUUCCUCACAUGCUGUUUACAUUGUUCAGACAACAGACGCAGGCUUCCUCGGCCUCCUCAGCGGCCUCCCAAAGGAACUUCAGCAACUGUUUCCUGUCACCACACAGCAGGACAUUCAGAGCUUAGCUGAAAGAGAUUCUGAGGUUCUGUGGGAGGUCACUGAAGUUGAAAACAGCAGUCGUGGAGGAAGAGAAAGGAAUUUCAGCAGCAGAAAGGGAAACAGACAGAGUGAUGUCAAGGACGAAUAUGUGCGGGUGAUGCCUGCAGGCGGCCAGUGUUAUGAGCCCGGCCCCUUCUUUUCCACCAUUCCUCGUCAUGUGACCAGGGUGGGAAUCAGUAGAAGACGCAACCUGUUACUGAGGCCAGAUUGGCUGGUGACAGGAGGACUGUUAUUUGGAGCUGUGGUCAUCCUCUGUUUAUGUGUUACACUGCUGAUCCUUUUCCGUGAAUAUGGAUGGCCCGAGAAGGAGCCAAUCAGAGCGCGCUAUCGGUUAUUGCAGUUGGCCUACCACAUGGACGACUACUCAUCAAAAGCCUGUGCAGACACCUUGGAUGACUUCUGGGAUUAUGAGCACCAAGUGGAUCUGGAAGCUUUCAGCAGCAACACCUUCUACGGCCUCCUUCUCAAACAGAGUCUGUCUGUCACCACACGGCUGGGGAAGCUUACCACUGAGGUGAAGGAGCUAUAUCAGGGAGUGAUUGGGAAACUGCAGCUCCUCCACCCACGCUUGAUCACUGAGGAGAGGAUGGGGGAAGGUUAUGAGAGGAUGAGGAGGGAGGUGGAGAGGGAGGCGGUGAGACGAAAGACUCUGGCCUCACAGCUGAGGACUCUGCUUGACAGUCAGCUGCAGGUUCUGAGGCGAGAGCAGCAGGCCCAGCAGAGGGUCCACAGUGUGCUCACAGCUCAGCUCAGAGAGUGCACCAGAAUACUGUCCAAGGUUUAUAAUAACAACAACCAGCAGCAAAAUUUGAUCCUGAGGCUGACAUCCCUGGUGGAGGAGAUGAGAGAGCUGGUGUCAGCAGAGUGCCAGCGUCAGGGGGCCUGGGGGUUUCUGUGUGAGGGUACAGGGGCCAAGCUGCUCUGCCCUGACACUGGAACUGUGCUGACCAAGGACCACAUCUUUGGUCCUGAUGGGUCCCUGCGUGUCUGUCGGGCACUUCAUUGUGAUUCAGUCACAGGCCUCAUAAGGCCAAAUGCUCACAGCCAUAUGCUGCUGAGCAGCGGCCACACCAUGGCAGUGCCACCGGAUUUCUUCCUCCACCCAGAGACUGGCAGAGUUAUGCCCAUAGUUGGCAACGUGGGCUAUGAUCCUGCAAGCUCUACUUUAGUGUUUACAACUGACUCAUGUACAGGAGACAACAGGAAGUGGGACAGCCCCCUUCUUCCUUUCAUUCCUUACCCAACCUCCUGCCACUCAGACCUUCCUCUGCCCAACACUCGGCUCAGAGGUCUCAGACCGGGCCAGAGACUGCAGCUGGGAGUCCCCAUGGCAGACCCAGACAUGGGUGUCCCAGUGCCCAUUCUGGCUGUAACUAUCCACCCCCAGACAGGGCUAGUGUACCCACUGGGAGGGGUGCAUGUCUGUCCCCUUACCCGCCUGCCUCAGCCCAUACAGAUUGGCUAUCCCAUGCUGGACUCCAGGACAGGGAACGUUGUGCUCACUGUAGGGGUCAGUCUAGAUCCAGUAACAGGAGCUGUGCUGCCAGUAGGUGGAGUUCUGCUGUCGGAGUCCAUCAUCGAACCUCUGAGUGGUCGGAUGGUGAGAGUGGGAGGGGCCAGCAUACGGGCUGGGCAACUGCUGCCUCACGUAGGAGGAUACCAGGCCCUUCUGGACAGCAAGGUUUUGGCAGUGAUGUUUAAAGUAUUGGAGCUCCUGAAGCCACUAACUGAGGAAUGGGGAUCAGACCAAACUUUGCAGCGCCAUCAGGGCAGCGAGAGAGGGAGCGGUCGACAAGAUCAUCUUCUCGCUGCAGCCAAGGAGCUCCAGCAGGCCUGGGGAAGGAGCCUGCACUGCCAGCUGCAGCUGCAGACCAGGUUGGAGAUCCUGCUGAACUGGGUUGAAUGUCUCCAGCAGGAUGGGGGGACUUUAGGAGAGAUGCCUCUCUUAGGUUCAGAUAUGUGUGUGCCAGCUCUGCAGGGGAUGGAGUACCCAGACCCUAUGGGAUCUGGUCUGAGUGUACCUGUGCUGGGGUGUCAGACUGACCUUGUCUCUGGGAUUAGGAUUCCGUUGGCAGGCACCAUGGAGGACCCUGACGGAAAAGGCCUAGUGGCCAUCCGUUACGGAUCUCAGACUGUUGACCCAGUGACAGGUGUGUUGGCCCCAGUGGUUGGAGCCAGGCUUGAUGUGUCCAGAAAAACCGUUGUACCUGUCACAGCUUCCUACUGGCUAACGGUGGCAGGUCAAACUGAUAGUGUGCAGGUAGAGGCGCUGCAGAGAGAGGUGUGUGUGCGGAACACUUACUGGCAACAUCAGAGACCACGGGAGGAAGAUAUUCUCUCUGAUCUGGACUCAGCUCUAUUCCAGUGUCUCUUUAGAGUUACAGAAGCAAACUCUUAUCAGGUCCAGUGGUCGGGGAGGCAGCUGAGGGAAGCAGCCGUGGAUCUGCAGGAUUCAGCGCAGACUGAGGCACAGAGGAGAGCAGCUCAGCGCUCCCACUUGGCUCUGAUCUUGCCUUCACAUGUAUUACACAUCCUCACUCUGGGUGACGAGCAGGAGUGGGAUCUGCAGUGUGUUUGGCACUCUGAGCUCAUGUCAGGCCUUGAUAAGGUGGAUGUGUGUAUGGAGCAGCUCCAACAAGACCAAGAAAAAUGGACAACACAGGGAGGAGACUGGGCUACAACCCUCCAUGCUAUGGACGGAGAGCUGAGACAGAGAGAGUUGUGGGAGCAGUGUUGUUCCAGACAGACAGAGUUGGAGGCUGCUCUUAAUGCGCUGCACUUUGCCAGACACCUUUCUCAGCUCCGCGCUGACACUGCUCAGGCAGUACUGUGUGGGAGCUUUUGGUAUAAGGAAUAUGGUCUGGUCCAGUGCAGUGAACACAGGCCGACUGUGGAGGUCAGGGGUUUUCUUCAACAGAUGGCUUUGCCUCUCCUGGAGAGACUGAACCAACUCCUGGAAGACAAACAGACUGCCAGCUUCUCCCCCAACAUCUGCAAUCAGCACAUUUCUGGUUUUUCAACAAAGCAGGCAUAUGGGUUGGAGAUAGCCUCUAGGGUCUGGACAGCCUCUGUGCCUGUCGUGAAAGGAAUCUCCACCCAGUCUUUGAGGGAGCCUGUCAAUUUAGCUCAAUCCCAGGACACUGGUCUGCAGGCCAUCUCAGCACCGACACACAAUUCCCAAAGACACACCGCAUCUACUGGCAUUCAUUCCCAGGAAAGCCAGCCGAUGAAAGAGUCUGCUCAGCCUACACAUUCUAUCUCUGUCCCCACAAUUCCAGAAGAGGAGUGGGCCAAGCUACUGGAGCUCUCUCCUCUGUUCCAGCUGUUGAAGGGGCUGGAGCUACAGCUGAAGGGUUGGGCCUGCGGGGCAGGGCUUCUUAGAGGAGCGCUUGAAGACAGAGGCAAGGGUUUCGUAGACGUCCUCGAUGCUCAGUGGGAAUGUGAGGGAGAGCUGAUCCCUUUGGACCUCUCGCUCCUUAACCCCAGAGAGUUCCUGGUCUACCAGCACGGACUUUUCCUGAUGCAUACAUUGCAUAAUCUAAAACUGACUCCAGCCAUUUCACUUCAGAUAGCAGCUAGUCUCCCAAACAACAACUACUUUAACAACGCCUUCAGAAAUUCCUUCUUUUAUCAGGAGGCAGAGGAGACGCUCUUUGUCCGUCGCCAGAGGCUCCAGUCAGUUGGAGGCUUCUCUCUGCUGCUGCUCCACUGUCUGUCCCAUGUCAAGAAUAAAGACAUGAGCUCUGACUCUAGUCCUGCCUUCCAGAGGCUUUUCUUCAAGAUACUGCAGGCAUGUCUGGGAGAACUGUUUCAGGCCAGACUGGGCAUGCCCUCCCCUGGACAGGAAGCCAAUUUGUGUGUGUUGUUUCAGGACCGAGAGUCACCUUCAGGGGUCUUGAAAAGGACCCUUUCAGACUCUCAUGCUGCCUCCCUACUUUACAGGUUUCACAAACCAAGCAGAGGAUUGCUGUCUGAAGAUGAAGUUGAAGAACUUCAAAGGAAGCACAGAGAAACGUCUCUGCUCUCCAAUCUUGAAGGACUUUUAAGAGAGAAGAGCUCUGAAAAGUAAUGGAAGUGCUUCUAUUUGAAAGAAAAAUUCCUACUUGCUACAAUUCAUACUUCAUUCAAAGCAAAGUUUUCUUCAAAAGUGUUACAAUCAUAGGAGAAACGCAAAGGCAAAAUUGGUAAACCUAGAGAUGUUUAUGCUUUUAUAUGAGUGUGCAAUGUAAAAAUAGACAAAAAUAACAAAUACAAGCAAAACGUACAGUGUUACCUAUGUUUUCCAUAUUAUUAUAUCAGUUCAGAUAAGUCAUGCAAAGAUAAGUGUUAACAGAGAGGCAACGGAAGCUAGACACUUCAAAAUACUGUAUGCAGAACACUGCACUUAUUCACUGUUAUAUUUUAAACAUUGUUUUGGAUUUUACUGAGUAACCAUGGCUUUAAUACUAACCCCCAUAUCAAACCCUAAACCUAGCUCCCAUCAACUUCCAAACACAUUUUGCCUAAAAAAGGUUCCAGUUUUACCCUAGUGUUGGGUGUUACCAGUUCGCAAUUUACAUUGUUUUGUCAAAAAAAUAUGAAUAUCUUACCAAAUUACAUAAAUUUUACAAAUUUUGAGUCAAGAGCUAAUGCUGUUUUGAUUUGUUUUCCUUUGUAUUGAGGCAGGAUAAAAAACAUGACAAACUAACAAACAAAAAAACGCAAGUCGAGCGGAUGUUCUUACCGUUGUAUCAUGUGUCAGGUAACUCCUUUUAUUUAAUUAGGAUUAAGUAAAUGUAAUUGUGAGACA